UUUGGAGUCUCUUCUCUUUCAUCUUCUUCUACGAAAAUGACAAGUAGCUGAUUCUUUUUUGAAGAAGCCGAUGAUUGACGCCAUAUUUUGAUGCGAUCGAUGAUAAUAGAUUUCCAUGACGCUAAAAUUAUUUCUGUAAAAGAGUUUGUGCAGAAGAGCAGAAAGACUGGUGUAUCUUUGUGACACGGGAAAGCAUUUCACAUUUGCAAAUAUGAGUUAUCAGAUGCAGUCACCAGCUCCACCAGUUUCAAGACCGAUGUCUCAUGGCAACUACAGCAGUCCUCCUGAUAUGCCUUUAACAAAUCCUAAAGAACAGACCCUAUUAUGGCAACAGAAUUCAUAUAUGGGAGAUUCUGGUAUACAUUCUGGAGCUUCAACUCAUGCUCCACCUACCCUCUGCGGCAAAGAGGAUGACUUGGAAAGUGAUCAGAUUGUGUUCGAUUGGGAUCAACCUGGGUUUGGCCAAGGUUUCACUCAAGAACAAGUUGAUGAAAUGAAUCAGCAGUUAAAUCAGACACGAUCUCAAAGAGUUCGUGCAGCUAUGUUUCCUGAAACUUUGGAGGAGGGCAUUGAAAUUCCUAGCACACAGUUUGAUCCUACACAACCAACAGCAGUCCAGCGUCUUGCUGAGCCGUCACAGAUGCUGAAGCAUGCUGUUGUCAAUUUGAUUAAUUAUCAGGAUGAUGCUGAUCUGGCAACCAGAGCUAUUCCUGAAUUAGUCAAAUUACUGAAUGAUGAAGAUCAGGUUGUCGUAAGCCAAGCAGCAAUGAUGGUUCACCAGCUGUCUAAAAAGGAGGCGUCACGACAUGCAAUCAUGAACUCGCCACAGAUGGUGGCAGCAUUGGUGCGUGCCAUGACUUCUUCUAAUGAUCUCGAAACAACCAAAUGUGCCGCUGGUGUACUUCACAAUUUAUCUCAUCACAGACAAGGUCUUCUGGCCAUUUUCAAAUCAAGUGGGAUACCAGCACUGGUAAAGUUACUGAG